AUAGCGCAUGACUGCGGUUAUGUUGACAAAUUUGAAAGUUUUGUUUCGGCUUAUGGUGUGAAAUGAAAUUGUGUUUGUGCAAAGAUAUUACUGUUAAUGCAAAAUUCACAUUUUUAUAUAAGUGGUGUGAGUGUAAAUUUUAAUAGCUCAUUUGGUUGAAUAUCGUCUAACCGAGUAGGCCUAUUCAAAUUUUCAGUAAUCAUUUAACCAAGUUUCAUUUGUUAGCUUACUGAAAGAUUUCUAGCAUAUUUGUUGUGUUAACUGUUAUUCUGUGUUUGGUGCGCUUAAGUUAUUUAACUGAAAUCACAGAUCUAAACACUUGGCAAUUUUACAAUCAAUGUCUUAAAACAUUACCAAAAUGGGAGAUUCUCCGAAAUCGGAAAAGAAACCAAUUGAAAAUGGGAUUUCAAAUGACAGUGAAGACAGUGGUAACACCAGUGAACAGGAACCUUGUUUACCUACUAACUUGUCAGAGAAAAAAGAAAUGGAUAUGACUGACACUUUGGACAGCAAACAUCUGGAUACAGAAAUGAUGAAGCAAAACAAAAGAAGGGCUAAGAUAAAUACAAAACCAAGAGUGUCAGUGUGGGUAACAAUAAAGAGCUCCUUCGUCACUGCAAUGAAGUAUUUGUCCGAAAAAACUGGACUGUCAAAUGUAGGGUUGGCUGUGGCAGCUAUUAUUUUAAUACUAUUCCUUAUAUGUUUGAUUACCCUCCUCAUUAUGGGAAUACUCUGGCCAACUGUUCCACAUGAAUUAAGAUUUCCCAUUUGUCGAAGAUCAGCUUGUCUUCGUUCUUCAUCACAUAUCCUGCCUCGUAUGAACUUCAACGUGUCUCCAUGUGAUGAUUUCCGUCAGUAUGCUUGCGGAGGUUGGCUACAGACUCACCCCCACCCUCCCCCUGAUCAUUCAGACUGGAGUCUACACAGACAGCUGGAGCACAAUAUCAGGGACAGACUGAGACAACUGAUUGUGACUCAGCCUCACCCCACCUCUGCCAGCACCUUCGCCUGGAAGACCAAGUACUUCUAUGAGAGCUGCAUGGCACUGGACAACAUAGAGACUGCCAAGGAUGUAAUGCUGUCCACCCAGAUCAACUCUCUUGGAGGAUGGAAUGUAUUGAGGGAGUUCCAAGUGCACAGUUUCGACUUACGAGACACUUUCACCAGACUUCAAGCUGACUUUGGUGUUCCUCUUUUCUUCAAAGUUGACGUUGUCCCUGAUCCUUACAGUGAACAAGACUUUAUCAUUCAGAUUUUACCCUCUGACUUGGGCAUGCCACAUAAGAGCUAUUACUACAGGAGUUUCAACUCAAAGCCUCUGGAGACGUAUAAGCGGUACCUGAAGGACGUGGCCCAACUACUAGGUGCCACCAGCAGUGACGCGGCCACAUUCAGUGAGGACAUGUUUUUCUUUGAGAGACGUCUGGCCGAGGUGACCCCUGACUCGCAAGACCUGCGACCCUUCCAAGCAGCUCUCAGGAUGAACGUCAGUGAGCUGAAGAAUGUGGCACCUUCUGUGCCGUUUUACGACGUGUUAUUGAGGAAGUUCCCAGAAGCCAACAUUGACGAUCACACACAGAUCUUGGUACCAUUCCCUGACUAUCUGCGCAACAUAUCCAACCUAAUUUCCACAACUGACAGAACAGCCCUGAACAACUAUAUGAUGUGGAGACUGACUGAUUCCUUCCUACCUUACCUCAGUGAGAAAUUCAGGAACACCGUCGCUGGCUACAGGAGAGAACUGUUUGGAGAACAUCAACAACUACCAAGGUGGGAGAUGUGCAUUAAGACAAUGCAGAAGUUCAUGGGUUUUGGACUCGCUGUCCUCUUACAAAACCACGCCGAAGACUUCCAAAAAGUUACUCUAGUUGUGGAGGAAAUUUUCCGAGACGUGAUGAGAGAGGUGAAGAGGUCUGUACGUAACGCAGGCUGGCUGCCUCAGGAACUACAGGAACAUAUGAACAGCAAGCUGAUGUCAAUGGUGGUGGAAGUAGGAUUGCCGACCGGAGGUACAUUUUUGUCCGACACCAACUUGGAAGAAGUUUACCGACAGUUGUUUGUCAUCAAUAGGGAUUUCUUCCAGAACGUCAAAUAUGGGAUAGCUUAUCUUCAGAAGCAGCAGCAACUCAGAUUGAGCAAGUUUGAUGGCAUAUACAGGUGGGUAGACGCAGCGUCCAGCCAUGAUCUAAGAGUCCGCUACGUCGCAGCUGCUAACAAGGUGGUUGUGCCCCAGGCUCUAUUGAGAGAACCUUACUUUCAUCCUGACUACCCGUUAGCCGUACUGUUUGGUGGACUGGGCGUGGAGAUAAGUUCUGCAGUGGUAGAAGCCAUUACUCCGUGGAACGUGCUGUAUGCAGACGACGGAACGUUGAUUGACAGAAUGCACCCAGCUGUCGACCAAUCAGGUCGCUCGUUUUUCCACCCAACCUCAUGCCUCCGGCAGUGGUGGGGGAAGGAAGGGUUUGCGUCGUCUCAAGCAUCCGAGAUGGCCACUUACAACGCUCUCAUCAAACUAUCUGGAGUCAACAUUGCUCUAAAGACUAUGCAAGCUCACCUGGCUCAUCUCCCUCACACACACCAACCUGCUCUAGAAAGUUAUGACGACGGUCAUCUCUUCUUCAUUACCUUCGCCCAGUCUGUGUGCUCAGUAACCUCGCCAGAACAAAAAGAUCUUGAUGAAACUGUGGACAACAUUCUGGAUGAUAAAUCAAUGUUGUCCGUGGUUUUGUCCCAAGUAAAGGACUUUGCUAAGUUGUUCUCUUGUACGGCUGCUAACGUACUCUACUCUGAGAUCCCUUGUGAAGACGUCAUCUAGGUUUUGUUAAACGCCAGCAAGAAGAGGAAGAAAACAAACUAUGAAACAUGUUCAAGGCUGUAUAGGAAAUGGAAAGCUUUUGGGUGAUUCUCCCGUAACUAGAGUGGAUAUCAGUUGAAAUCUAAGCUUAGUUAAUUAACCAUUCCAUUCUAUAAUUGAUUUUCAUCCCAUUUACCUAAUCACAUUUUUGAUAGAAAAUAAUUUUAUUAAUGCCACCCUUAAACCUUUCUGAUGUUCCUGAACAUGGGUCAUGAGUUGAUGUAUAAUUGAAUCUCAACAGAUAAAUUAUGAAAUUUGAUUUCAUAAAUACUUAAACUAAAUAUAUAUUAAGUAAGAUCAAUUAAAUUUAUGAUCAAUUAUGGUUACUUUAUCACUUUAAAAAUAACAAUUCCUCUUCGGUAAGUAAGUAUUGGAUUUUGUGUUUGUUUAGUGUAGAAAAAAAUUAAUUCAUAGUUAGACUAAAAAUAGUUUUUUCUAAAUCUAUUUAAAAAUCUGAUAAUCUAUUCUAUACUAUGGAAUAAUCAGUAGAUCUCAUCACAAAGAGAAUACACCUAAAGAUGUUUAUAUCUCUUAGUAUUCACAUUGAAUCCAUUGGACAUUGCCCACCUUAGCAGUUACAAAAUUUACAACUAUAUUGUAGCCUAUGGGUUUUUUUCAGCAAUCUAGUAAAAUAUUUCAACAGUCUUGUCUUGAACUUAGCACCAACUGGAAAAAGUAAAAAUUGGGUUUUGAAAUAUUUUUGGUUACGUUUUUUUCUAGUUCCAGUCAAUAGUGGAUCAAUAUUAAUUAACUGUACAUUUAUGUUAAUCUUGGUUAGUUUUACUGUGAUUUUUCUAAAACCUUAACUAAUCAAUCAGUUCAAUGGAUAAAUUUAGUUACUGCCCAACUGACAAGAAUUAUGGUUUAUUCCAUGGCAAAAAAUAUUUGAUCUGAAAUAACAAAUUAAAGUACCUAUAAAAAUGGUUUAUUUGUUUACUGUAUUUAAACAAACCACAUCUUUAUUUGUAUGUUCCGUUGAUUAACAGGAUGUAAUUGUGUGUGCUUUAAGUUAACAUCAUCAAAAUAAUUGGAUUCCUCUUUUACCUUGUCCUAUAUUUGGUAAUAAAUGUUAUAAAACAUUCUAAACUGUAAGUAAAUAGUAGUUAAUUACGUAUACUUCAAAAUUAUAAAUAUUUUAAAUUCAUGAUUGUUACUGUGAACAAUUUAAAACUAUUUUAAUCUCUAGCAAUAUAUUAUGGUUUUAAUACUUAACUCUGUGUGCAAAAAGUCUACACAAUUCAGACUAUUGUGAUUUUAUUGUAUUAAGGGACGCAUUUGUCUUUUGUACUGGUUUUUAUAAGGAAUAAGGAAAGGAUACUGUGUUAUAUAAUUAGGAAUUGUUAUCAUUACUAACUGUAACAUUGAAUAGGCCUACUCCUUCUCCUAAACUUAAAUUGUUUUGAAUAAAAAUUUUGAACACUGGUUUUAAUCUAUAAGCUAAAUUUCUAAGUUUUCUCGAUUAUAUGUACUGAUUAUCAUAUUGUUUGUACAAAUUUUUAUUUUUAUUUUGUAAAUACAAAUUUGAGAUUGCCUUCACGUUUUGUGAUAUGUGUUCAAAAUUGUAAAAUUUUAGAAUAUUUGUAUAUAUAUAUAUUAACUUUGUGUAUUUCAUUACAAAUUUUAAAGAGAAAUUUUAUGUAAAAAACUUUAUUUAUUUAUUAUACCUAUUUUAGAAAUGUUUUGUUUCUAGAUUUUUAGUCACUGUUCCAUUUACUUGUAUGACUGUUUGUAUAUAUAUUUUACUCAAGUCUGCAUUAUUGUAUAGUAUAUAAGGAUUAAAGAAUAAGAUUAUCUCUCGGAUCUUAGUUUUUAAGAAAAGGUUUUUUAUUGUUCCUUGUCUAUAUUACAGAGAUAGUUAGUUUGUAAGUUUAUGUCAUUGUACUUAGAAUUUCUUAUAUGUCGGACAAAUUUAGUAUAGUGUUACUGUGUUGUUAGGGAUGGGCUGAUUCUGAUUCUUAAUUCCUCAACACCUUUAUAGUAUCCAGGAAUUUUUGUGACUUGAUUUAAAACUGAUUUUAGAAUCUCCCUAAUGACCUCAGCAUGUUCAUCUACGCUGAAUGAUUUUUGAUUUCAUUUAUCUUGCUCGUCUUUGGUGAUUGCGAUAACACUGUGUAAAGUUGAGACUUAAUCAACAAAAUUAUUUAAAUCAUGUUAAAAAAAAAGGAAUGAUAACUACUCAACAAGUUUUUUUGAAGAUUUUGGUUUCAAACAUCCCCAUUAAAAAUUAAAUUAAAGUAUGGACUAAUAGAUGACUAUUAUAGUGUCUACUUAAUGAACAAAUGAUAUAUUCUGUGUUUCAUAACUGUUCGGUGAUAAUUUAAUAAAUCUUCCUAGUUCAUUCCAAACCGCUUUGUGUGUGUCUGUAUCUUUAUUUUAUUUGGAAAGGAAGUCCACAUUUGAGAAUCUGAAUAAAACCAUUAUGUAAUAUUAGCCUAUCUCCAAUUAUCAUAACUAUUUUUUCACCAACUAUCUUAUAGUCUGUCUGUAUGAUGGAAGCUGUCUCCUGACCCACCGUCUACCUGGGAACCAGUGACUAGCCCGGGCCUUAUACAGGUUCCAUCAAACAGAGUAUAGCUUGAAUUUGUUCAAAUGUGUUUUAUCUUCUAAAAUACCGGUAACACUCAAUUGUAAGUUGAAAGUUAUAUUAAUUUGUGUAAAAAAUGUUUUAUCUUUAGUUUAGUGUACCGUAGCAAAUAUUGUCAGAGUUAAACACAAUUUUUAGAUCAAGCACAUCAUAAGUCAGUAAAUAGAUCUUUUUACUAUUUAGUUUUAAUUUCUCAGUAUUUAUAGAAGGUAGUGAGAAACAAUUUUUUCAAUUAAAUCAUUUUGUAA